AAUCGCAAUCGCGGUGUCAGUUUUGAGAAAAAUAAAAACAAAUAGUUGAAAAGUUUGCGAGUUUUUCCGAAGUUGAAGUUAAAUUUUUAAAAGUGAUUUUUUUUGUAAAACCUCAGUUUCAAUACUGCAUCAGUUAUCUCUCUGAUUAAAUAAAAAUGGAGCCGCAUCAGCAGGGUGGUAAGAACCGUGGCAAAAAGAAGCCACAAGAUGGGCAACAGCAUGGAGGUGGUGGCGACGGAGACCGCUCCGGAGGUGGAGGAGGAGGCCAAGGCAAAGGUGGUGGCGGUGGCAAGAAGGGUCAACAGCAGCAGCAACAGCCCCAACAUGGUCAAGGUCAACAGCAGGGACAAGGAAAAGGGAAGUACAAGCAAAAACAACAGCAGCAGCAACAGCCCCAAGCGCAACCACCAUCGGAACCGGCCGGCGGUUCUCAGCAGUAUGGUGAUUUUCUCCAGAAAAUGCAGCAGCAGCAGCAACAGGUGGCCCAACCUGCUCCGGCACCGGCCCAGGCUCAGGCUGAGCCUCCGAAACAAGCGCAGGGCCAACAGCAGAAGGGUGGUGGCGGCGGUGGAAAGUAUAAACAAAAACAACAGCAAAAGCAACAGGAGCAGCAAGAGCUGGAGAAACAACUGGCCGCACAGCGACCCCAGCAACCGCCGGCGGCUGCUUCCGCUGCCCAAUCGCGUUCCACUGCAAGCCCCGAGGGCUCGCUUUCGCCGACCCACGGUGCGAUCCAGCGCGUCGAGGAGGAUCUGUCCGGCAUGAAGAUCGACAAGGGAAGCGGCAAAUCCGCCCUCCGCCAGGUCCUGAUCCGUCCGGGAGCGCACGGCAGACGUGGCAAGGUCACCAAGCUUGAGGUCAACUACAUUCCACUCAUGCUGGAGAAGAUGGUCUCGACGGCGUACCACUACGACGUGGACAUCCAGCCGAUGGCGUCCCGCAAGUGGCAACGGGCCGCCUUCAAGCGGUUCGAGGUGGAAGCGCUGGCCGGACAGCCGAUCGCGUUCGACGGCAACAAGAACGCGUACACGGCGAAAAAGCUCAAGCUGGACCACUACAAAAAGGAGGUGGUGGCGCGCGAGGAUAACCGCGAUCGCAAGUUUACCAUUACGAUGAAGGAAGCGGCGGUGGUGGAUUUGCAGUGCUUGAAGAAUUACAUGCAAGCCGGAAGUGGAAAUGCGAACCUGGUCAAGCCGAUGCGUGCCAUCCAGUGUUUGGACGUGGUUCUGCGCACCGCGUACGAGCUCAAUCCGAGAUUUGUCAAGUUCCGCAAAUCGAUCUAUGUCGUGCCGACCAAACCGGAAGACAUCGGCGCAAACCACGAGCUGUGGUACGGCCUGUUCCAGUCGGCGCUGCUGGGCUCAAAGCCGUUCCUGAACAUUGACGUGUCGCACAAGGCGUUCCCACGUGGUGGCCCGGUGCUCGAUGUGGUGGCCUCGCUGAACCGUAAUUCUCUUCCCACAUCUCUCGCCGGUUGGUUGGCCCAGCAGGUGCAUGACUAUCUAAAGGGCAUGGAAGUGGUUUACACUGGACCUAACGGAGUGGGAAAGACGUUCAAGUACAACAGCUUGAAGGGACCGGCCAGUACGCAGAAGUUUAAACUGGAGGAUGGUUCGGAAUCGACCGUUGCGGCGUACUUCCAGAAGCAGGGAGUUCGUCUGAGGUUCCCGGAUCUGCCGGUGAUGCACGUCGGAAGCACCAUCCGUAACAUUAUGGUGCCGAUGGAACUGUGUGCGAUUCCGCCGGGACAGGCGUUGAUCAAGAAGCAUCCGGAUCAGUGCACCCAGAUGAUUAUCCGACGGUCAGCCACGGAUACGGUCACCCGGAAGGGCAAAAUCAUGGAUAUUUUCAACCAAAUCGAUUACAACAACAGCAAGACGAUUAAGGACUUUGGCUUUGGCGUGGGCAAUUCGUUCGAGGUUGUCGACGGACGCAUCAUUGGACCGCCGAGCGUGGUGUAUCGUAACAACGUCACAAUCACACCCUCGAAAGGCCAAUGGCGCGCGGACAAUGCGUCCUUCAUCCAGAUCAACCCGCAACCGCUGCGCUGGAGAAUCCUUAACCUGGACGACCGCACUCGUCCGGCCGGGAUCCAGCAGCUUGGGCAAAACAUUUUCCAAGUGUCCAGAAAGCAUGGCAUCCAGCUGGAGCCGUUCUCGAUGCAGCAGACGUACUACGAACCGCGCGACCUUCGCUACGCCAUCCGUGAGGUGGACUCGAUCUUUGAAGAUUUGAAGAAGCAAAGGAUGGACUUUGUCAUCGUGGUCAUUUCCGGCAUGGGUGAUCAAUACUCGAAGGUUAAGCAACGAGCGGAGCUGGUAACCGGUCUGUUGACGCAGUGCAUCAAGGGGGACACGGUGUACAAGAAGGCGGGCGAUAUGAGCACCAUCAACAACAUUUGGCUUAAGAUCAACGCCAAAACCAACGGGACGAACCACGUGCUGAAGCCGGAAUGCAAGCCGCCUCUCAUCCGCAAACGCGUCAUGUACGUCGGAGCGGACGUAACCCAUCCCUCGCCCGAACAAACCAACAUCCCGAGUGUGGUGGGCGUGGCCGCUUCAUACGACCUGGAAGGAUUCCGGUACAACUGCUGCUACCGCCUGCAGAACCCCAAGGACGAAAUGAUCCGCGACCUGGAAAACAUCAUCAAGAAGCAGCUGCUGCAGUUCAAGACGUGCAACGGCGCGCUCCCCGAUCUGAUCAUGUACUACCGGGAUGGCGUCUCCGAGGGACAAUUCUCCGAGAUCCUAACCAUCGAACUGAACGCGAUCCAGAGUGCGGUCGCCUCCACAAGUCCGGGCGCCAAGGUCGCCGUCACGUUCAUCGUCGUCCAGAAGCGACACCACGCGCGCUUCUUCCCGACCCGCGGAACCAUCGAAGUCGAAGGCCGUAACCAGAAUCUUCCCCCGGGCACGGUCGUGGACAAGCACAUCACGGCGCCGAAUCAGUACCAGUUCUUCCUGAUUUCCCACCAGGCGGUCCAGGGCGUGGCCAAGCCGACCAAGUACUGCGUCCUCUACGACGACGUCAACUCCGAUCCGGACGAGCUGCAAUCGGUCACGUACGCGCUCUGUCACAUGUUUGCACGCUGCAACCGGGCCGUGUCCUAUCCGGCACCGACCUAUUACGCGCAUUUGGCCGCCUUCCGGGGCCGGGUUUACAUCAAGGAUCGCCGUCUGAACAUGAACGACCUGGCUGGGGAGUACCGGAAGAUGCAGAUCAAGCCGGAAAUCAUCGACGGACAUCCGAUGUUUUUCGUUUAAAAUUAUUACAUUCUGAUUUUUUUUUGCGCUGAUAUGAAAAUUGCGAAGAACUCCAGAAAUUUAGGUUUAACAGUUUAUUUACAAAAUCAGUAAAAACUAAUGAAAAAUCGAAUCUCUGCUUGAAAAAAAAAUAUUUGAUAUACGCAGAGAUUAUAAAUUGAAAUUGUCCCAAAAAAUGUUCUGGUCCUUUUUCCUAUUUUUUUAAAAAGAUUUGAUAACAGUUCAACUAAAUGACUAUUGGCAUUUGUUCAUAGAACGCUGUAACAUGCCUUAUUUUCAAAUAUAUGAACAAUUUUUAAACAGUGUAAAGCACGAUUUAUAAAAUUUUCUUUGCAUCAUUGCACGAAUUUUCUUUUAAAAACAUACUACACAAUUAUACCCAUACAAAUAAAAUAUCGACAACACCAUUAUACAUGACCCAUUUCCGUAAUAACUUUUCAGUACGGCAUGGGCAAACAC